GCUGACAUCAACCACGCAGCCAUUGGCAGGCACGAGUCCGGAUUGCCGAGGGAGCAGGACACAGCGGAACCAGGGCGCUCGGUUACCCAUUUUCGCAGCAGCUGUAUUCCGUAUUAUCGUCGCCAGCUCAAACUCCGCGAUUCCCAUCGUCAUCCAUCACUGCCGCCGCGAAACCGCACCGGGCCAAUUGACUGCCGCCAGCGCCGAACCCACGAUGGGAUCAAUUGCUCGCUCCGCCCUGCUGAGGCAGGCUGCAUCAGUCCCCAAGCUCCCGGCCGCGACGUACGCAAUCGCCAGGCCGUCGGCUCUGCGGCAGAGCAUCGCCAACACCGUCCGGGCCUCGGCCUUCCACACCACCAGCAGGAGGAACCUCCUGCCCCCUCUUCCCCAACACGUCGAUGGCACAGUGAACGACCCGGCGCCCGUCCUAGAGACGUCUCCGGCCCACGGCUCGUACCACUGGACGUUUGACCGCCUGGUCAGCGCCGGCCUGGUCCCCCUGACUCUGGCGCCGUUCGCGGCCGGCUCGCUCAACCCGACCAUGGACGCCGUCCUCUGCGGAAUUAUCCUGAUCCACUCGCACACGGGCUUCCAGAACAUCAUUAUAGACUACGUCCCCACGUGGAGGGUGCCCAGGGCGCGGAAGGCGAUCAUGUGGGGCUUGAACGUCGCCACCGUCAUUGUUGGCCUUGCCCUGUACGAGUUCGAGACAACUGACGUGGGUGUCACCGAGGCUAUCAAGAGAGUCUGGACGGCAUGAGGAGGGGAGCGCUCUUGGAGAAGGGUGCGAGCAUGUUUUAACCCUUUUGUUUCGUUGACGAUGGGGACGGGUGUGCAGGGGAGCGGACGCUUUGCUUUGGUUGGUUGGCGGGCGCUUGCCCGCUGUGUUGUAAGGCUAAGUUGAGGUAUAUAAGACGACAAAUUCAUAGAAAACUGUACACCGCCGGCCCAGGAUUUCUCGGCUGACUUCUGGCCAAUGUUUGUGG